AUGAGAGAUUGUAAAAUUAAAUUUAAUGCUUAUUUACUCUACUCAACUCAAUCAAAAAAUCAAACAAAAAAUUACGCGAUACAUAUUGAUAUCUAUGAAAAGAUUUCAUUGACUUAUCGAGGAAGUCUAUUAUACCCUAUAAAAUUCCCAUUUUUACCUAUGCAUCGUCUGGCAUAUGUGAUUACUAUCCCAGAAACGAAUGGAAAAUUUCAAAGUUGUUCGAAUCUUCCAUGUAUUCAUGGCAAAUGUAUUAUGUAUUCAAAUAACUCACAAAAUGCUAUGUUUUGUCAAUGCAAUCAAGGAUGGUCUGGACGAUACUGUACAAUAACAUAUAUUUGCACAUGUUCGUCUGAUUCAAUAUGUAUUGGUGUAUCUGCUUAUAAUCGAUCCGUCUGUGUAUGUCCUAUUAAUAAAUUUGGUUAUCGAUGCCUACUUACUGAUAAUAUUUGUGAAACGAAUAAUACCUUAACGUGUCAAAAUGGUGGCCAAUGCAUUCCUGCUGAUGUACAGAUACGAACUAAGCAAAAGUUUAUAUGCAUAUGCCCGAAAGGUUAUGGUGGGGAUCGAUGUGAAAUAGUCGAUAACGAAAUUAUUCUAUCAUUUACAGAUAAUAUAGUUUUAUCUUCAUCAAUAUUUAUUCAUUUUAUAGAAGUUAUUCAGAAUGAUGUUCCAAAACGAACAACUACUCUUCGAACAAUACCUCCUAUACAAAAAUCAAUUACAAUAUUUUGGUCCAAGCCAUUUAAUCUUAUUUUCAUUGAAAUUUACAAUAAAGUUUAUUAUUUAGCUCAUACACAAAGCACCUACCAACAAACAGCAAAUAUUACUGUAAUGAUCAAUCAAUUUGAUCGAUGUCAAAAUAUAAGUGAAUUAUUUAAUGAAAGUUUCGUUCAAAGACAUCUCCUUCGUCGUAUCAAACAUUAUCAUGUAUCAUGCCAAAAAAAUUUAAAUCUUUCUUGUUUUUAUGAUGAUAUUCAUCUAUGUUUAUGUUAUGAUCUUCAAAAACAACGUUUAGCUAAUUGUUUUGAAUUUAAUCAUAAUAUGAGUUACAAUUGUUUAGGUCAAAGUUCUUGUGAAGGUGGAGGUCAAUGUUUUCAAGACGAUGAUAUAUGUCCAACAAGAUCAGUAUGUAUAUGUUCACCAUGCUUUUAUGGAACACGAUGUCAAUUUAGUGUAAAUGGAUUUGGUCUAUCACUUGAUGGUAUCUUAGGCUAUCAUAUUCAACCACAUAUUAAUCUUCUUAAUCAACCAAGUAUUGUACUAUUUAGUUUAUCAGUAGUAAUAGUCAGCAUAGUUGUAGGAGUUAUCAAUGGAAUUUUGUCAUUAAUAACAUUCCAAAAUAAACAAGUAUGCGAAGUUGGCUGUGGUUUCUAUUUAAUAGGUUCAUCAAUUACAACUUUACUAACAGUAGUUAUAUUUGGAUUAAAAUUUUGGAUACUUGUUCUUGCACAAAUGACAGUUAUAUCCAAUAGAGUAUUUUUACAAAUUCAAUGUGUGUCUUUUGAUUUUCUUUUACGAGUUUGUCUUAAUAUGGAUCAAUGGUUAAAUGCAUGUAUAGCUGUAGAAAGAAGUAUUACUGUAUUAAAAGGUCUUAAUUUUAAUAACAAAAAAAGCAAAACCAAUGCUAAAAUAGUUAUCAUCAUUCUUUCAAUUUCCAUUGUUUCUACAAAUAUUUAUGAUUUGUUUCAUCGACAUUUAAUUGAUGAAGAAAAUGAAGAUGAUAAACGAACUUGGUGUAUUGCAACUUAUCCAUCUCGUUUACAAACAUACAAUUCUUUUAUCAAUACAUUUCAUUUUUUCGCUCCAUUUAUUAUUAAUAUAGUAUCGGCUGUUAUCCUGAUAGUACAGAAAACUCGUAAAAAAGCAAAUGUUCAAAAUAAUGCAAAUUAUAAAAAACUUUUAAAAGCACAAGCUCGAGAACACAAAAAUUUAUUUAUUGCCCCUGUUGUAUUGGUUAUUCUUGCGUUACCACGUUUAAUUAUUUCAUAUGUGUCAAGAUGUAUGAAAUCAGCAGAUGACUCAUGGUUAUUUCUUAUAGGAUAUUUUAUUUCAUUCAUUCCACCAAUGCUUACAUUUGUUGUAUUCGUAUUGCCAUCAAAAUUUUAUAAGGAACAACUUCGACAAACUCUCAUCGCUUACCGAGCUAGGAUACAACGACAUUUUCAAAGUAAUCAAUAA